AAUCUUGAUUUAGAUGAUGGUGUCAGAAUUAUGAAGAAGAACAGCUACAUGAAUAUGACUGUAUUAGUUCCAGGUUGCGUAAUAAUAUUACAACUCAUGCAUGUAUGCAAUUUAUUUCAGGGCACUGCAUGAGAAAGAGGAGAGAAGAAAAGGAGGGUUAACUCGGAAUCAGUUUUUCCUUACAGCAUUUCUUUGCAGUUUUGCUUAUUAUGUUUUUCCUGGUUACUUGUUCCCUAUGUUAACAUCGAUUUCGUGGAUUUGCUGGAUGUUUCCAACGUCCGUGAUAGCACACCAGUUAGGUUCAGGCUUGCAUGGUCUUGGAGUUGGUGCUGUUGGUUUUGACUGGUCAAGUAUAUGUUCAUAUCUUGGUAGCCCUUUGGCCAGUCCAUGGUUCGCUACGGCUAAUGUUGCUGCUGGUUUUGCCAUUUUCAUAUAUGUCAUUGUGCCCAUUGCUUAUUCCGCAAACCUUUACAAGGCAAGAAGAUUUCCAAUAUUUUCAGAUGAACUAUUCAUGUCCAGUGGUCAAAAGUACAACAUCUCAGCUAUAAUAGACUCCAACUUUCACCUUGACAUGGAGGCUUAUGAGCGCGAGGGCCCUCUUUAUCUCAGCACCAUGUUUGCUAUGUCAUAUGGCAUUGGUUUUGCUUGCCUUUCUGCAACUCUCGUUCAUGUCUCACUCUUCCAUGGAAGUGAAAUAUUGCGACUGAGUAAGUCUGCUUUCCAAGAGAAUAAGAUAGACAUACACACAAAGAUCAUGAGAAAGAACUACAAACAAGUUCCUGAAUGGUGGUUACUUUGCAUUCUUCUGUUCAACAUCGUGGCCACUAUAUCUGUAUGUGAAUAUUUCAACAAUGAACUCCAACUACCAUGGUGGGGUGUGAUGUUAGCUUGUGUUGUUGCCAUAUCAUUUACUCUUCCCGUUGGAGUAAUUAGAGCCACAACAAAUCAGGCACCGGCUUUGAAUAUAAUAACAGAAUACAUAAUUGGAUACGUCUACCCAGGAUAUCCUGUUGCCAGCAUGUUGUUUAAAGUGUAUGGUAAUGUGAGCAUGAAGCAGGCCAUUUUCUUCUUACAAGAUUUUAAGCUUGGCCAUUACAUGAAGAUCCCUCCUAAAGAAAUGUUCUUGGCACAGGUACUGGGCACCUUAAUAUCUGCAGUGGUGCAUAUACUAACAGCAUGGUGGCUUAUGAACACUGUUCCAAACAUAUGCGAACGAGAAUUGCUUCCAGCAGGAAGUCCUUGGACUUGUCCCGGUGAUCAUGUGUUCUAUGACGCGUCUGUGAUAUGGGGUAUGAUAGGGCCUCGUAGAAUUUUCGGAGACCUUGGACACUACUCGGCUAUUAACUGGUUUUUCUUGGCUGGAGCAAUAGCUCCUUUCUUAGUCUGGGUAGCACACAAGGCCUUGCCUCAAAAACAAUGGAUCAGGCUUAUCACUGUGCCUGUGCUCUUGGGUGCAUUAGCUGACAUGCCUCCAGCUACAGCAGUAAACUACAGCAGUUGGGUUGUUGUUGGGUUUGUCUCAGGGUUUGUUGUGUAACGUUACCAUCGCGGUUGGUGGAGCCGACACAACUAUGUCUUGUCUGGGGCACUUGAUGCUGGUUUAGCCUUCAUGGGGGUUUUGCUCUACUUGUGUUUGGGGAUGGAAGGUAUCAGCCUAAACUGGUGGGGCAGCGAUCCAGAUAGGUGCCCAUUAGCUUCAUGUCCAACUGCACCAGCUGUUGAAUCCAAAGGCUGUCCUCUUUACUAAGCUUCCAUGAUAGAAUCCUGUUCAACUGUUAAUGCCGCCAUGGCAGCUUCAUCACCUGAAAAAUGUUUAUUUUUCCA